GCUCGCCUCCGAGUCCGAGUCGCAAGGCCGCUGGGUAUCGAGGGUAUCGUAGCGCGCGCGCAAACACGAGAGCCGCAGCUGAGCGCUUUGAACCAUAUCCAAAGAUAUGGUUAUUCGGAGCAAGAGUAAGAGAAGAUGGGGAUGCGUGAAGACGACAUGCGCGACGCGGACACCCGUAUAAGUACAGACAGGCAGCUUGUCCGGGCACACCAUAAGUGCGAGUCAGUCACAGAAGAGCCGGCGCAGACACUUUGACAGCCAAACGCAGCGGAUGCGCGGCGGCACAGCCAACUCCAUAACCCCAUCCAGUAUCCUUGGCGAUGAGACCCGCCUGCGCCGCUGUAGGGAGGCGGCGUACCAACGAUCAUGACAGCGACGCAGUGGUACUCGUUAGGGUGUUCGCAGACAUCCACCGCCAGGCCGUGAAGUCAGAGCGACGAACUGAGGUUCGGCGGCCCUGUUCCACCGAUACUUCCAUUCGCGGCGGCGUGUCUCGCGACAGCAAAGCUGUAUUUACGGUGGGACAUUGGCACGGAGACAACGAUCUUCGUCGGAGAAGAGCAUCUGAGUGUCCCCAAAGUCGACAGCGGCGUCAACCUGUUCGAACUCACAUCGAAGGGUCCAGAUGCAAGAGAAAACAUGACGGGCGUGUUCAACCUGAGGCCUCGGCGAACUCCGGUUCGAGUGUCACACGCUCGCGGUCCAGUGUCACACGCCCGCAGGGUCAUGAGUGCACCUUCAGUGCGUCGCGUCCGGCCUCGCCUUCGCGAAAACUCGGGGAGAUCUACUAUCAUCGUCCGUUCCAAGGCUCUUCUGGGCAAGCGCUGCAGGUAUAUAACGAGGGCUUGCGGUCGCAGACAGGUCAGCACAAAAUCCCCUCUCAUAAUUUAUGGGGUGCCCGACACCGCCGCCAUGAUAUUGGUGGUUCGUCGCUGACACCCAUCAAGUAACUUAUUCGACUGUCAAUAGACCCAUCGACGGCAUUACACCCGUUUUUGUAUUUUUGCAUGAAUCUUCGGCGAUACCCGAAGUGAUAUCACUACUCGAAUACCCAUCAUCCCACCACUCUUCC